CUUCUGAGCCUUCCAGGUUUAAGACGAAGUAGAAGGAAGCAGAUUUUGAGGCGUGAGUGCUACGCGAAUAGGUUACAGUAACUCAACAAAUAAGACAUGGAUUACUAAUAGCAGUGAUAUCACUGAUAAAGUAACAAUACAUUAGGUUGUGUAAUUUAAAAUCCUCAGCUGCUUUGUACCUGAAGUUUCGCGUUUUCAGCUUAGGCUGGUCUUAGAAAGUGCGCGUGUGCACUAGAGGGCGCGCGUGCUGAGUGAGUUCCCCUCUUUGAUGUCGCCGGACUCUGCUCACUCAGACCUGCGUGUUUGAGGAACCAUACAACUUCGGGAGAACUUGUUUUAGAAAAGAGAGAGAGAAAAAAAGUCAAGGCUACGGGUCGCCGCAUUCUUCUAGCGACGUGGACGCGAACAAGCGAAGAAUUUAGCUCAGCAUGGACGAUUUAGACGCGUUGCUGGCGGACCUGGAGUCAUCCACUGCUCAUAUCUCAAAGUGUCCAGUGUUUCUCCCAGACGAGACACCCUACUCUUUUCCCAGUAGUGGAAGCCUGCUCCAGGAUGACACUUCCCCUCCUCCCGUGCCCCCUCCUCCAUCUUCAGAGGCUUUGAACGGGUCACUUCAAAAACAGGCUGACUCCCAACACUCCUCACAACAGUCUCUUGGCUCAGCACAAAAAAGUACAUUGUCUCGAGACAGCAGUAGUCCCCCACUACCUCAUACAGAAGAGGACCACGUCUACAGUUUCCCCAACAAGCAAAAGACACCAUCAGACUCCUCAGCAGCAGCCAUGAGCUCAGCACUGGGCAGCAAUUUGUCUGAGCUGGACCGCCUGCUACUGGAACUCAAUGCUGUUCAGCAGAACACACCAUCUUAUACCAGUACAGAAGAUGCAGCUCCCCCACUUCCUCCCUCCAGUUCUGCACGCUAUAUCCAGGAAAAUGGAGCCCACUCAGGCAUUACUCCUGCUGCCAAGGAAAAACCCCAGAGAAAUGGAACCAAAGGGCCAGAAGAAGGACGUCCCACUGUGGAGAGCCUACUGAAUGAACUGGAGAGCUCUAUACCGGCCCCAAUGCCUACCCCCUCUGGACUUCAAACAGAGGGGCACUUGGAUGUACCCUCUGAGCAACAGGGUCGAAUGUCAGCCACCUCAGCCACACGAGAGCUGGAUGAACUCAUGGCCUGCUUAUCUGAUUUCAAGGUGCAGAGCAAUCCAAGCUCUUUGGGCUCCCUGAACUCUGAGCCACUAUUUGAUCAGUCCAACAGCUUCUCUAACGUUGCAGAAAUUCAUUCUUCUUCUGCCAUGAUAGUCCCUACUGCAGUUUCCCCAGCACCAAAUCUCCCUUCUAAAUCAAACUGCUACACUCCACUGCCCUCCCCUCCAGUUCCCUUAGAGUUACACAUAGUGGAAGAUUCCAAUGACACUGUUCUGCGGUCCAGUGCUCUAAAACCUGCCCCUUCUCCCCUCCACUCUACCACUUCCGUUUCAGCCCUUUCCAGUCCUCCAUUCUCCCCUUCAAAUCCACAUCCAGACCCGGUUAUCAAUGAUUCUGUCUCAAUGCUGAGCACUGAGCUGGAGUCGCUUGUGGGUUUGUCCCAGACCAUCACUACUACCACCACCACUAAAGUGUCUACCAUCAGCCAUGGCAAUCAACAGCAUCUCCCUGCCAAUCCUCAGAGUCUACUUUCCAGCAGCACGACUAAAUCAACUCUAGUGUUUUCUGUGCCUGUUGCUAAAUUUCAAAGCCCAGUGAGUCAACCUGGAAAUGCGAAGACCUCACAUAAAGACAAUUCUUUAAUAAUUCAAGCUUCUAAUGAUGUCUGUCUUGAGACCAGUCCAGAGCUUAAAUCUGCUGCUACAUCUCCCAUCUCUACAUCUGUACCUGUUAGUGAAUCACCCAUCGUACAUUCCCCAUCACCUCCUAAACCUGCUUCUCCUUACAUCACCACAACUCCCAUCUCUUCUGUAGCAGUGCCAAAGACCUCAAGUCUUUCAGCAGUGCUGCCUGAGCCAGUUGCUGUUACCACAAAACCACUUUCCCCUAUGAGGCCUGAGGCUCCAGCUCUGGAGCCUUCUCUUGAUGAUGCUUUGGAUAAUCUCCUCACCAUGAACUUCAGCAAGCCUGAGGCUGAGUCCCAAAAUGUGGCUACAUCAGUUUGUAAGAUGAAUUCAACAGAACACCCAGAAGUGUUUGAGGGGACGCUUGUUGCAGUGGACCGUAUGGUGGUGCAGCCGGACAUGCACACAGAGAGUGAUGCAGGAGAUGGGCUUCUUGAGGACCAGUCUGACUGCAGGAGUGAACUUCUGGACUGGGCUGACAUGGAGCUGAAACUGUCAUACGAUGGAGCCGAUGGCUCCAUGACUCCCAUGACAGAGGCUAGCUGGAUGGAUGACUCCCUUACACCUUCCUCCUGCCCUGGAACACCAGAAGCUCAGAUGGACCUGCCCACAUUACAUCCUGUUAGCACCAUGGAUAGGAUUUCAGCAUCUGGACAUAUCAAGUCCGUGAUCAGACGUACCAAGGAGACACACAACGUCCAUCCCAUGUACCGGGAUGGCAUUAUUCGCAGGAAGAUGGGCCCAGUAAUCUUCCACAAAAGCAACUCUCAGGAUCGCCUGAUAGAAGAGCUCCAAGGCAAGCUGGGAAUUGCUCGCAAGGAACGCCCCAAGAAACAACCAGAUGAUUGGCUGACCGAGGGGGUCAUUGUCAUGUCGAAUCCUAAACGCGUGCGAGAUGACCACAGCAGGGAGGUGGAUAAGAUUAUUAUUCCCCCUGAGUCUCCUAUUCCUCAGAGAAAAGUGAUACCAGCUCCCCAGUCCAGCACCCCAGCCCCUCGCCUUCCACCCCAAGCCAUGCAACCAAAGCCCAGGCCUACAGUAAAAGCUGUACCAGUUCCACCUCCCCCUCCUCCCACCCACUCUCCACCUAUUUCUGCCCCCACUCAACUUUGUAGGGAAUCCACACCUCCUCCCCAACUCCCUGUACAAUGUGAUCCUCCUCCAGUCCCAGUAAAGGUCCCUACUUCUGAGCCAGUAGAGCCUCUUCCACUCCCGGCAAAGCCUGCACCAACUCCACCUCAGUCACCCCUACCUGUCCCUGAUAUCCCUCCCAAAGUGCUGGUGUCUGUGGGCUGUCAGACGGAGUACGAUCCUUUCUUCCCUCCGAUGCAGAUCAUGGCUCAGGGAAAGGGUCCAAACACACAGGUCAAUAAACUAGACAACAUGCUGGGAAGCCUGCAGUCUGACUUACAUAAGCUGGGUGUAAAGACCGUGGCCAAAGGAGUGUGUGGGGCUUGCUGCAAACCUAUUGUUGGCCAGGUAGUAACCGCCAUGGGCCGCACAUGGCACCCAGAGCAUUUUGUGUGCUCUCACUGCCAAGAGGAGAUCGGUUCUAGAAACUUCUUUGAGCGUGAUGGCCAGCCAUACUGUGAGAGGGACUACCAUCACCUCUUCUCUCCUCGCUGCUACUACUGCAAUGGUCCCAUUCUGGAUAAAGUAGUGACUGCUCUGGAUAGGACAUGGCAUCCUGAACACUUUUUCUGCGCUCAGUGUGGGGCCUUCUUUGGCCCUGAGGGUUUUCAUGAGAAAGAUGGGAAGGCAUACUGCCGUAAAGAUUACUUCGAUUUAUUUGCUCCCAAGUGUGGUGGCUGUGCCCGUGCCAUCCUGGAAAAUUAUAUAUCUGCCCUGAACAGCCUCUGGCACCCUGAGUGCUUUGUUUGUAGGGAGUGUUUUACCCCUUUUGUGAACGGCAGUUUUUUUGAGCAUGAUGGGCAGCCAUACUGUGAGGUUCACUACCAUGAACGACGUGGCUCUCUCUGCUCCGGCUGCCAGAAGCCCAUAACAGGCCGGUGCAUCACAGCCAUGGGCAAGAAGUUCCACCCUGAGCAUUUUGUCUGUGCCUUCUGCCUCAAGCAGCUCAACAAGGGCACCUUCAAGGAGCAGAACGACAAACCGUACUGCCACGCUUGCUUCGUCAAACUCUUCAGUUAGACUGACUCGACAUGGAGUGUGCUUGCCUCUCUGUCUGAGUGUGUUGGAUAUGCAGCAAAAUCUGAGUUGCAAAAGCCUUAUGUAAUAGGGGAGGAAAGCGUUUAGAUAAGAAAUGUAGAGGUUUGAAUUUGUUUUUUGGAAUUGUGUGCAACUAUCUGCUCACUGGUUGAGUGUGAAAGAAUCUGUUUUAGGAAUGUGGCUUUGGAUCAAGUUUGGAUCAGUUGACCUGUGAAAGUCUAUUCACUAUGAAACAAUGCUUUGUGGUGUGUAACAGAAAAUGCCACAGUGGCAAAAUAUGAUAACUAUUUGUAAUAAUUGGAUGUAGGGUCAACAGUUUGUCCAAUAUAUUUAACAUUUGCAAGAAACAAUUUAUAUUACUGUGCUCAGUGCCUUGUUUUCUAUAAAAAAUUAUAAUACUUGAGUUAUACCAAAAAUAAUAGUUUAGUACCGGAUUUGUACAUUUCUAUGGAGACUGAUGUUCUUGGUGUGCCAACAAUUACCAGCCCAUAACAAGCCAGCCAAGAUCACCUACAUAUAUUGAAUAGGAGUAGUGUGGUGAGUGUUGUGAACUUCAUAGUCACUUAAGUAAACUCCUGCAGAUAUGAAAUUAUCCUACUCCAAGGCUUUUGGUCUUUUUAUUCAGGGGAGCAUAAGCAUUAUUGAACUAUUUACCCUUACAGUCAUGUUGUUGAAAUGACUAAAUGCAACAUCUCAAAAAUACUUUACUGUAUUUAGGUAACUUGGCUUCAUUUUUCUUACUCUUACCAUUUUAAUAACCACUUAUUCUCUUUGAUUUCUUCAAGCAAAUCAUGGGUUGUUUAACUAAAUAGCUGUGACAGUGUUGUGCAAUUUCUAUCCCUUUAACACAGUAUAUGAUUGGUUUAAAUAUAAAUAUGUCUUUCUCACCCAGACAACUCUGGGUAGUGUUAACUGCUGUAUUGUUUUUAUGACAUUCUAAUGUAUUUUUCUCCUUUUCUCUCUUUUUUGCCUGAAAGUCUUAAGUGUAACACAGACAUUUUAAAGAAUGGGUUAGGAUAGAUGAAAGAUGAAGUGUUAGUAAUGUAACACCAGCUUUAAUAUCCCCCCAAACAUAAAAGUGGGUAUUUCCUUUUUCAGAAGUAUAGCCUUGACUGCUUGCCAAAAAAUCCAGAGAUCUUGUGUAUUAUAAAAGUAAGGAUGCAUGUACAAAAUUACCAGCAGCUAAUAAUCUUUUUUCUGUAUGCAUUAUUCUCUGGAAAAAUAUAUUUUCAUCACUGGUGUGAGGAUGCAUUUCAAACAUAUGGCCUUCUUUUUCUUACAUAAUAUAUAUAAAAAUUACUUUUAAUGGAGUUGCUGUGAUAAUUCAGAGGUCUUUCCUAUCUCAUUCUUCUUGUCGUUCUGAGAGCUAGGUGCCUGGAGGACUCAAUAGUCCAUUAUGCCUCAGAACCUAUUUAUGACACUGGUUUUAAAGGUUUUCCCCUUUUUGCUUUAGCAUGCGAUUUUUCUGUCAAGAAGAGGGCUUAAAUUUUUCUCUUUGUUUCUACUGUUACAGUCUAUUUUAGUGGGCCUUCAUUUACUGUGUUUAUUUACCCAAUGUGAAACUGCAGACAUGCAUUAUUUUCCAUAACUGUCAUUUUGUUUUGAGUCAUAGUAACUGGCUUAAUUCAUAGCAUUAUCAAUAAAAUUCUUUAAUGUUUUCAUGCA